UGUAAGGGAAAUGCCAUUUCUCUUCAUAUUCCAAAAUAUGCAACAAGAAAGACACUGCCACUGAAAAGUAAUUCUAUUUUGUCUGGGGCUUGAAGGGGUAUUUAGUGCCUUCUAACAAUGCUGUGUGUCACUGUGUCUGUGAUGAGCAUGCAUAGCUUGCUUUCAACUCUGAUCCAGGUGAGUGGUCAUCAGUAGCUUUCAGUAGGUAAAUAGGCUUCAAACCAAUUGAGUUUGAAAUGGUUUUUUGUGCUCUUCAUAAAACUUUUCAUUUUUCUCAUCUUUCUAAUGUAUUUCUAGUUAAGGUAACUACAAUUGUUGAAUAUGAAGAUGCCAAGCAUAUUUCUGCAAAGAAAAUAUCUAAAAAGAUUUCCAAAAGUAAGUUGUUGGCUUCACUGUCGCCUAGUCUAAAUGGCAAACUGGACCCUCUUUCUAGGUCUCUUCACUCUUCUGCAAGUGUGACUGAAGCUGUUAAGUCUCCUGCUUCUGAUUAUAGCACCACAAAUUUCAAAGCCAACCCAAAGGUAUCUAAAAGGGAAAGGGGAGAAUGUGAAGAAAACCAGUGAGAAGAAAGAGUUGGUGAAGGAUUUUAUGCCUUGAUUGGAAGCUAUAUUCAUGAGCUUUUGACUCCAUAGGCUGGGGGAGUUGCUUAUUGAAAAUGCUGCUGUUGUGUGGGGUUUUUUACAAAACAAACGAUGAGCAAUUGUUUAGCUAGGAACAUGUUUCCCAUCUUAAAAUUCUGCUUAACAAAAAUUCAAAAGCUUACAUUAGAGGUACUGUUUUGUUGUGUUUUUUUUUUUUUUUGUGGUGUUAAAUGUGAAAUGUUCUCCAAAUCUGAUUCAGCAUGUAGGUACAGUGUGCUUAUUUAAAAAAAAAAAAAGAAAAAGAAAACCCCCACAAUUAUCUUUGGCAGAUGUGUGCAGAUACCUUUGAACUUCUGUUAAAAGAAGUCCUGCCAUAGCAGUGUAAUCUGACUGGAACAUAGGGUUCUGGUCAGAGGAGUGAACAUGGUGUCUCCUUGAACCUUAUUUUUAUGAAACUGAAACAUAAUGAGGAAUACUAGCUUCUUGUUCAUGCUGUUCAACGCACUAUCCCAGCAUAAGAGCACUGAACACUUCCUUUCAUAGCAACUCCAUGAAUCUCCUGUUAGCUCAUAUAUUUUAUAUAUGUGUACACAAAACACAGUGAGGUGCUAUUUCAAAAUGGAUGUGAGUGCUGUCAAUCCUUUCAAGUAGGGUAAAAUAUAACACUAUUUCAGAAUUGCUUUAUCUGUGGGCCUGUUAGCUGGC